AUGUCGGACGCAAAGGUUCGCGGUGGAAAGGCUAGCGUUGGCGGGGCUUCCAAGGUCUCGGGUGCCGGCGAGAAGAAGAAGGCCACUACUCAAUCUUUCCGUGCUGGUUUGCAAGUGAGUACAAAUUUCAAAUCGCAAGAUCACGACGUGGUGGCUUGCAGCAUGUUUGCUUUGGGGGAGCUUUACGCAGCUCUUCCACAUCGCUAUGGUCGGUCAGGUGGUCGGACGCUACUUUGGGAAAUUCUAGCGCCACAGGGACCUCGAGUAGAACAGCUCCGUGUCGUGGCGGAAGCAACGGCAUUGCUGCGCCAUACGCGCGGAGCACACUCUCGUCGUCCGUGACGCUUGUCUAGCUGUUUCCAUCUUCUUCAUUCGAGGCACCCGACAAGCUUCGCGACUGCAAAUGAGUCGAGAUUUGCACUGCGCGCCGAACUCGUUCUAGCUGUGAAUGACUCCAGCUGGCCCUUUGGCUGGUCAGCACUCGGUGACGCUUGCUUCGCCUUGCCAUGCAAUGCUGACCGUUGAUCGUCCUUUCAUUUUCAGUUCCCGGUCGGUAGAAUCCACCGUCAUUUGAAGAGUCGCGGACAGAACCACGUUCGUGUCGGUGCCAAGGCUGCCGUCUACGCCAGCGCCAUCUUGGAGUACCUCACUGCCGAAGUGCUCGAGCUUGCUGGUGAGUGAAGUUCGCGAUACAUCAGCGAUGGCGCUUACAGCAAUCAGCACUGACUUGAUCAUCUGCAUAUGCGACUUCAGGCAACGCUGCCAAGGACCUCAAGAUGAAGCGUAUCAAACCUCGUCACUUGCAGCUGGCUAUUCGUGGUGAUGAGGAGUUGGACAGCUUGGUCCGCGCCACGAUUGCCGGUGGUGGUGUCCUUCCCUACAUUCACAAGUCCCUCAUCAAGACUAGCGGCAAGAAGAAGGCUGUCACUGCUACCGACUGA